UAUUUUACCAUCUUCCGAUUCUAAUAUAGAUGGCUAUGAAGAAGAAACUGAAUUAAUUAGAACUGCAUCGACAUCUAAAACUAAGAGUAAAAAAGUUCCUAAUUUACAGCAAAAUGAAAGUCAAGCUCCAGAGUCAUGGAAUGAAGUUAGUGAAACUACAAUUAUGAAUUGUUGGAAAAAAACUGGGAUCUUGCCUUCUGUUAACUAUGAUGAAAUUCAGUAUGCAAGAAGUUCUUAUGAUACUUUUAUUAAACAAGAAGAAGAUAAUAUUGAAUCAUCAUUUGCAGAAUUAGACUUAACAGUUCAGCCUCAUGUUAACAAAUAUCUCGAACUUAAUAAUACACGAAUUUCUACUGAAGAAGUAUUGGAUGAUACUGAAAUCGUUGAAUUAGUAUUAGCAGAACAGCAACAAAAAGAACAAGAUUCUGAUGAUUCAGAUGAAGAACCUUUAAAAAUUCCGGUUUCAGAAGGACUAGCGGGUCUAAAAAAAUUUGUGGAGUUUUUUGAGCAACAAAUGGAUCAAAAUUUUAAAUCAGAAGAUCUAAAUAUUUUUCGAAAAUACUUAGCUAUAAUGAGACGUAAAGAUGUAGAAUCAAAAAAGCAGAGUUUUAUUAUGGAUUAUUUUAUACCAGCAGAAGAAAAUUGA